ACACACACACACACACACACACAGAGAAACAGGCACGCCACAGACAUAAACGUAUACAAGGAAGGAGAAAAGGGAAAAAAAAGCAGACAGAGAAAAAAAAAUAAACGAAGGAAAAAGAAUAAAUGAGAUAGGAUAUACCUGUCGGUGAGAAGGAAAAAAAUAGAAUUCACGGCUACGAUCUUUGUUUGCAUGAAAUAGAGAUUCGCCCGGCCCAUCUUCUAGUCACGCGAAAUAUUUAACGCGUCGCAAAUAAGAGUUUUGCUUAUACGUAUUGUAUACCCUUACGUCUACAUAUGAAUUCGUCUCUUCGUCUUCUUGGGCUCACGUGGCCGUGGCUGUAAGUUAUUAAUACAUCAGAAGUAUCUUAUAUUAUUAUGGCCACGAUAGAUAAAGUUUUGAGUGUUUUCCCAGUGAAAAGACUCUCUUCUUCCUCCCUCUUCUGCCCGUUUGGCUUCGUACUCGCCGGGCUGCGCCAACUUUAGAUAUUCCGAGGAAGUAGCAAAUCGGCAUUAGUGCAGUUUUGCUUUCGUUAUGAUAUCUGAAACGGUUCUGUUCAGUGUCUUUAACACGAAUUCGAACGGGAUUUGUUUAAUAUAAACCUCGUUCUCUGGCACCGAUUUUUAUUGUUGGAUCAUUGAUUUUUUUCCCCCCAUCGAUAAUCACUAAGACCGUGCCAAUUCCCGUACUCACGUAACUUCAUCUAUACAGCACCAACAAUUUUGGCUCGGAGAAAGUAAAUAAUAAAAUUGCGUUUGCAAACGAUAUACGAAUGUUAUGUCAGAGAAUCCGAUACGAUACCUGUGUAUUACAUAUUUUUACAAUUUAAUUCGUAAAGUUUCAAUCAAUUAGUGAAACGUACUGUAAGUAGUACGUAUAGAUUUAAGGUAACACAUGUAUCAUGAUAAUUACCGAGAACGCGAAGCAGCAAAACGAUAAAUUUUUCCUCUGAUCUAUAUUGCAGCACAUUGGUAACGGAAUGAUUAGAAUAAUUCGAUUUACAGACGGGCAAUGUGGAAUAUGGUCAGAAUGAUGCGUCAUACGUGAUAUGCUUCAUGCAUGUAUGUAGUUGGAAGUCGGAUCUGACGAUAACGAGAAGUACAGACUUAUUUCACGCUACUGUACGAUUGCAGGGCGACUGCGGGGCGCCUGCAGGGCCGCAAAAUGCAUCCCGUAAUCCCGAGAGCGUAAAAGCGAGGGUGUUCUAUUAUAAAUAGAUUUUUCGUGUCUGCCUUUAGGUGCGGCCCUAUUGAUGCUAUUUUUGAACUCAUACCGAGUUGUUACACUCCUCUGCUCAGUUCUAAGGAGUUUUGCCUUGCAACAACGUUCUUGGAGCAAAGAUUCUCUUCGUUAUUUGAUACGAAUUUCAAAUCAAAUAAACCGCCGUGCGCGAUUUCGAGAACAAUAAAUAAAAAAAGAUAGACAUAUAUAUAUAUAUAUAAUCACCCAUCGAGUUACAAAAUUGCGUGAUAAAACUUUGUCAAUAUAAAACUUUUCGUUUUUGUAUAGAAUAUUUUGAUACAACGUGUAUCCAUGUGUACAUAUUUUUAUAAGAAGGGAAAAAAAAAUAAUGUUAUUUUUAAAAUAGAAUUUAAAAUAAUUGUUGAAUAAUAAUAAUUAGUGAACUUAAUUUAAUAAAUAUAACAGAUCAUAUUAAUAUAUACGUAUAUAAAUUAAAUCAGUGUACAAAAUAAAAGUUAUGCAUGCUAAUAGGUAAAAGUCUGGUAUCGGUGAUUACUCCUAGAAACGAAAAUAAAAGAAAAAAAUUUUUAAAUUUAUACAACAGAAGCAAGCGAUCAAAGAACGUAAAAACAUGAAUUUGAGUAAAUAGUUUUGUAAAAAACUUUUUUCAGCUAUAAAAAUGUUCAGUUCGUUAAGACUGGCCAGUAUGCGCUCGCACAAGAGUCGAGCGAGACCAGGAAGCGUGGCAACUUCGGCGAGCUCUGAUUCCGCCCGUCCAGAUGAAAUGUGCCAGCAGCAAUGUUAUCCAAAUAAUUUUUUGGCUCUAGAUGAGGGAGAGGGAUCCAGUCCGCCUCCUUCUAGCGUCUCCUCAAAAGUAGCUCAAGUCAGGGUCGAGAGGGAGGGCGGAAGCCUCGGUGUUACACUUAGAGGUGGAGUCGCCAGAGCCCUAGUUGUUACCGGAGUUAGAGCAGACGGUCCUGCAGCUAGAGAGGGACGAGUAAGACCCGGCGAUCGACUGCUGGCAGUCGAUGAGACUGAACUGCGAGGCCUCACAUUGGCAGAGGCGCAAAGAGCUCUCAGAAGAAGCUCCGAUGCCCUCGUAGCUUCCCUGACCAUCGAGUAUGACGUCGCAAAUAUGGAAGAGGCCCGUGCAGCUACAUCAGGGCCACUUUUGGUUCAACUAGAGCGCGGAUUCUCAGGAGAACUAGGACUGACCGUCAGAGAGACACCGAACGGCGUUUGCAUCGAGAGUCUUCGACCAGCCAGUACUGCCGAUAGAUGCGGAGCACUUCAACCGGGCGAUCGGCUUUUGGCGGUGGAUGAAAUGCCUGUUCAAGAUGCAGUGACUGCGGCAAAGUUACUCCGCAAUGUUUCGGACAAUUGUCGGAUAGCUAGAUUGCAAAUUUUACCCCGACCUCCGAGUGCCUCGUCCAGAACAGUCAAAAGGAGGGCUCAGCCCCAAGCUCAGCAAAAUUCUACGCAAACAUUGUACACUAAGGAAAGUUUGACUGUGGUCCUGAGACCUGAUCACAGAGGUCUCGGCUUAUCGUUGAGGCCCUCGGAGGACCGUCUAUCGUAUGUAAUAGACCUGCUGGAAGCCGGUGGUCCAGCUGAGAGAAGCGGGGUUCUCCUCCCUGGAGACAAGGUUCUUGCCAUCAAUAGAAGAAUGCUGAGAGAUUUACAGCCAGCAGAAGUUGCAGCGCUCUUAGAAGCCUCUCAGGUCGAGUUGGUGACAGAAUACAAAGUCGGAGGGGCGGUAGUCCCCAGUUCUGGUGUGUUCACAGUAAGGGUAGCGAGACCGCUCGGCGGGCAACCCGACCUGGGGCUAACGGUAAACGAAGAUUUAGCUAUUGCUGAAGUUCGUCAAGGCUCCUUAGCCCACCGAACUGGAAGUCUGGCACCUGGAGAUAGACUGUUGGCUAUAGAUGGUCAAAAACUGAAUUCAGGAGAUCUUCGGCAAGCUGCUCAACUCCUACAUAGACCUGGGAGCUCGGUCGUAGCUCUUACAAUAAGAAAACCAGAUAUGGUCACAGAUGGAAGGGAAUCGAAUAUAGGAAAUGAUACUGUGCAGCCACAGUAUUCGGGAGGCAAUUUAAGAUCUGCUAGAGAGAGUCUUCCGAGUGUAGACAGUGCCGUAGAUUCUUGGGGAGACGCUGGUGAAGGUGUCGGUCCAGAACCAGAGCUGCUACGACUUUGGGAAACUGCGUCUGUGGAUAGCGGUCAACUCGAUUUAUCCAUGCCUCCGUACCCAGGAUCUCCUGGGCGAAAUGGUACUGACAACAGAUCGCAACAGAUAGUUCACGUCUCUCUUCACAAGGAUCCCGUCUAUGAAGAUUUCGGAUUUUCUGUAUCCGACGGAAUGUACGAACGAGGUGUCUACAUUAACAGAUUGCGUCCUGGCGGACCGUGUGACGGUGUUUUAAGACCUUUCGAUCGAAUUUUGCGAGUCAAUGAUGCGAGCACCGAAGACUGUGACUGUUGUUUAGCUGUCCCAUUGAUCGCUGCAGCAGGUCCUAGGCUGGAUUUAACGGUAGCUCGGCCUCUGUCUCCACAGAAUAUUACGAAAACUUUAUAGAUAUAAUAUUAUUAUCCCGAUUAUUAAUAUUCGUGCAAUUUGACUGAGAGAAAGGAUGGAAGGUAAUUAAUUACGAAUCAAACAAUACUCAUCUAUUUUUGUACGCGUGUGUUUAUUUAUAAAAAAUAUAUAUAUUACAGACUGCUUUGAGCUAAAAUCAACUCUUCUCUUCUGCACUCUCUCCGUCCAUACACACAAGGGUAACAUAUUCUCCCUCUUGCUCUCUCUCUUAUACAACUGUACAUUCUAUUUAAAAAUUGUCCAAUAUCAUUAGUAAAAGAAAUCUUGUCUUUAGACAAUUGUCUGUAAACACUUCAUUCGUGUUUUGUAAAAUAUAAUUAUCGUAGAUAAGAUUUGUCCGUUCAAUAUCUUGCGUACCAAACUUAUUCACGGUAUGUACUUAGGUCUAAAAAUAAAUAUUUUCUUCAGAA